UCAUUUAUGAGACGGCUUCCUCAAAGGCCCUUUUUUCAGGCAAGUUACGCUUUAAAACAGAGACGCCGACUGGAGGUAGAUGGUUGUUAUUAACAGUUGUGUUAAUUAUUUGGUAAGAAUCGUGCAACUUUGAAAACAUGCCUAAAGUGAAAAGAAGCAGAAAACCGCCUCCAGACGGUUGGGAGCUCAUCGAGCCUACCUUAGACGAACUCGACCAAAAAAUGAGGGAGGCUGAAACAGAACCACACGAAGGUAAGAGAAAGGUGGAGUCCCUGUGGCCCAUCUUCAGGCUGCAUCAUCAGAGAAGCAGAUACAUCUUUGACCUCUUCUACAAAAGGAAAGCAAUCAGCAGAGAGCUCUAUGAAUACUGUAUCAAAGAAGGAUAUGCUGAUAAAAACCUGAUUGCCAAAUGGAAAAAGCAGGGCUAUGAAAAUUUGUGUUGUCUACGCUGCAUUCAAACUCGAGACACAAAUUUUGGAACUAACUGCAUAUGUCGAGUUCCUAAGAGCAAACUUGAAGUGGGAAGGAUUAUUGAGUGCACUCACUGUGGAUGCAGAGGAUGUUCUGGAUGAAUUGCUGCCGUUCGUAUUUCAGUAGGACUUGUAGAACGAACGUAGACGUGUGAUUUUUAGAAGUCGUGGAUCAUUGUAGAAGCAGUUUAAAUUCCAAAACAGAAGAUCAAUCCACUGUGAUCAAAUGUAUAAUGUGUUCGUUUUCUUGAUGUCCCUUUGUAUAUUUUUUCUUUAGAUCAUUUUAAAAAUAAAGAGAAAAAAAACUGUA